UUUCAUAUUUUAUAUCAAAUGGAGAGAGAAAGAUCAAUUUGUAGUUUUAUGCCAAAGAGAAUGAAAGCCAGCCCUCUUGGCCUUGUUGGAAGAUCAAAGAAAGGGGCUUCGACCCCGCCUAUCAAAAAUUUAGACCAGAGAAUAAGUAUGCAACUUGUUAACAAAUACGACCUCAGACAGCCGCUGGAGUUUAAGAAAAUACUAUUAAGCCUUGAUUUUGCUAAAAACGAGACUUAUAGCUUCAUAAAGGAGGUUAAGAAACUCCAGAAACUAAAGAUCCAGAAUCUAGAUGAAGUCAUCCUGAAUAACCUCCCUAAAGCGACAUCGAAGGCUGUAGUCACCUUUCUGGAUGCUCUGGGCUUGCAAGAUAUCAAGAAAUUACUAUUUGAUCAUUACAGUUAUCAGAAAUUCAAAAAAUUCGAUUCCUACCUUGACAGUUUCCUAAGGAUCGCUCCUCAGGUUUCAGAGGUGAUUUCCUUGACCGGGUUCAUUAUUAAUAAGAAAGGUUUUAACGCUCUGUUUCCGAGUUGCACUAAGGUGAAGCAACUAAAAUUUACAAGAUGCACUAUAGACAGUUACAAAAUUAAGGAAAAAUCAAUGAAAAAGUUUUACAUGAAGACCCUGACAUUUAUUGAGUGAGGUCAGAUGCGCUAUAGUAAUUGGAGUGAGCACAAUGAAAAAUUCGAAGGAAUUCUAAAGAUGAUUUCCAAAAUAGGUAUCAAAACCUCCCUUGAGAAAAUUGAACUGUGAGAUAAUGGACUUGCAAUCGAUCAGAUGAAAUCGAUGAUAGAGAAAAUUAAGCUUGAUAAAAUUGUGGUGGAGGUUCUUGAUGAAGAGAUGGAUAUCUACACUUCAUUUCAAGUGACCUCCCCCAAUGCUUAUUAAAAUUAUACUUUUAUGUAAAUCCAAUUUC